AUGGCUGCGGAAAACACCCCAGACGAACCGCGUACGCCUACGCGCGACCCCAAACACGUCGACAAGGUAACUAGUGAAGGGAAAGAGAGCGUCGAGCACGACUCAGAUGAGGAUGAGGAUGAUGUCGAGGAAGAGCCGAAGCUCAAGUACAGCCGUCUGACAAGAGACUUGGGACCUGUCUAUCGGAAUGGCGACGCGACAGCUACCUUCAUGGUUGCGGGAGACAAGAUGAUUGUAGGCACCCACAAUGGCAAUAUCCAUGCAUUGAGCAUACCUUCAUUUCAAAUCCUCCGGACCUACAACGCGCAUCCUGCUGCUUCAGUGACAGCGCUAUCGCUAUCGCCUCUAUUGGCUUCGCAGCCCUUCGUACCCACGGCCUCGGAUCUCAGGUCAGUAGACAACACAAAUGCAUCUUCUAGACGAACAGACUCGCCAGCGGGCAAUGCAUCGUCUCCUCGCGCACCACGGCAAGCUCAGGUGCCAUCAACACCCUCAAAUCAGAUAUACAUAGCCUCUUCCUCCAUCGAUGGGCACGUAUGUGUGUCCUCCCUGAUCGAUCCCAAAGACGUCACACUGCGGAAUUUCGGUCGCCCUGUACAAGCGGUUGCACUUUCGCCUGAUUACAAGAACGAUCGCUCAUACUUAUCUGGAGGAUUAGCUGGUGAGCUCAUUCACACGGUCGGAGGUCCAACAGGUGUACGUUCCAACGCCAACACCAGCUCAGCAUCACAGACAGCCCAGGGAUGGCUUGGAGCGAUAGGUCUGGGUGGGCACAGUGGAAAAGACACCAUUCUGCACUCGGGAGAAGGUACUAUAACUGCCAUCAAAUGGUCACUCUCGGGCAAGUUUGUAGCCUGGUCGAACGAACACGGCAUCCGUAUCAUGCGGACCGAUCUCCAUCUUGAUAGUGCUGACUCCGACAACGCAUGGAAAAGAAUCGGCUUCAUCGAAAAGCCGAACCGUCGAAUAUGGCAGGAAAUGGCCGGUGUAUGGAAAGCGCGGAUCGAAUGGAUAGACGACCGAUCACUUGAAUCUGACGAUGAUGCUAUAAUGAGCAUGAAUGGCCACCACCUUGCGGAUAAAACCGAAGGCACACUACCACACAAUCGCUCACCCCAGGCGUUCAAAGAUAUAAAGAAGCAGGACAAGUUCGAAAAGCUCAUCAUAGGAUGGGGCGAUGCCGCAUGGGUCGUCCAUGUACAGCCUGGUGGGGCUGGCAUUGGUCGCGAUAUUGGUGAGAGAUCGGUUGGAAGCGCCGAGGUGGUUCAUUUCCUUCGUUUCGACGACUGUAUUGUUUCUGGCAUUUCGCUCUAUACCCCUUCUUUGCUUCUUGUUCUUGCAUACCGGACACGCGACGAUGAUGAUAACCCUGUCUCUGGACCGGACACGACUCCCCGAGGAGGAAGGCACCGUCGCACAAACGGUCUCUCACCAGAGCUCAAACUCAUCGAUGCUGCGACCUCCGAUGAGGUCGAAGUGGACUCUCUAACUGUCAGUCGAUACGAAAGCCUCUCGGCUGCGGACUACCACCUGGGAACCCUGUACGUACCACAUCCAAAGACAAUGACUCCCGCACAAAGGAGCGCACUCGAAGCUAUCGGGGGUGGAAUAUGGGAUAUGGGUGCUGCCACUGCACGCAUAUUCAGUUCUGGGGCAAGCGUGAUGAACCUCCCCAUCGGUUCUGAUAAGCCGCCGUCGAGGGCGCCUUCCAUGUCGUCAGCAAGCGCAGGCAAUGCUGCUGGCUCAAUAUCCGGCAAGCGUCAGCAACAAGUACAUCCGAACGCUGCAACGGCAGGCCUGAAAGUCUUUAUACAGAGCCCCUACGACUGCGUGCUGGCUAUCAAGCGAGAGCUCUCUGAUCACUUCCAGUGGGAACUCGAGCACGAGAACUACAAGGAUGCAUGGGAGCUUCUGGAGGACCACCCGGAGAUCAUCGCAUCUGUCUCUCAGUCACUGUCGGAUAGCUCAGAUCCCAGUACGCCAAUAAAGCAACAGGGAAGCCUACAUGAGUUCUUUGCGGAUGACAGCGCAUCCCAGACAACCCUGUCUGCUACGAAAGCAAACCAAAACUCGGCGGUAGAGAAAGAGAAGCGUCGCAUCGGGGAUCUAUGGGUACAACAGCUUGUUGGCUCGGGUGACUGGAAGCAAGCAGGUAAGGUCGCUGGCCGCGUACUAGGCACCUCCACAAGAUGGGAACAUUGGGUGUGGAAGUUUGCACAAACGAAUCACUUCAACGAGAUCUCUCCCUACGUUCCCAAGAAGCCAAUGCAACCGCCAUUGCCUUCCAUGGUAUAUGAAGUAAUUCUCGGUCACUACAUCAUACAUGAUCGUAUACGCUUCAAACACCUGCUUGAGGACUGGGAUCCGGACCUGUUCGAUAUCAACAGCGUCAUUGAGGCUAUUAAAAGCAAACUCUCUGCUGGCGACGUCACUGAGGAGUCUAUCGAGGGCGACGUACAAGGUCGAGACUGGCGGAUACUACAAGAUGGUCUUGCGAAACUAUUCCUUGCCAGUGGUAGACAAAGAGAAGCGCUGCGUUGUUACAUCCGCUUGCAGAAUGCCGAUGCGGCCAUGACUCUCAUACGGGACUUCCACCUAGUGGAAGCUGUACGGGACGAUAUACCUGGCUUCAUCAUGAUGGGUGUUUCGAAAGAGCAGAUGAAAUCGGCAUCAGCGAAGUUGGAGGAGUUGGAAGAAGCCUCAGCAGAAGCCAUCAACGUCCUCGUAGAGGAGGGUUGCCGUGGCACCAUUCCUGCGAGUGACGUCGAAAGCCAACUCCAAUCGAAAGGCCCAGUAUUUAGACCAUUUUUGUACUUCUAUCUACGGAAGCUCUGGAAGCCGGAAAUGCAUGAACGGACAGCAAAGACGGCUAAAGAGCGGGUAGCCGAGGACCGCUUGGCGGCUGAUGGUAAGAUCGUUGCAGAAGAAUUUGCGGAUCUCAUGGUGGAGUUGUUUGCCGAGUACGAUCGACCGCUGUUGAUGGAGUACUUGCGCAAGUCGCAAAGUUAUGAUUUGAGCAAAGCCACCGCGGAGUGUGAGAGGAGAGAGUACAUCCCAGAACUUGUACAUAUCCUCUCCAAGACUGGUCAAACCAAGCGUGCUCUGUACCUGAUCAUUGAGAAACUCUCAGACGUCAGCUUUGCUAUUUCAUUCGCCAAGGAGCAAGAUGAUCCUGACCUCUGGAAUGAUCUGUUGGAGUAUUCCAUGGACAAGCCUCACUUCAUCCGCGGCCUGCUCGAGGAAGUCGGCACAGCAAUAGACCCUAUCAAACUCGUCCGUCGUAUUCCUGAAGGACUUGAAAUCGAAGGUCUGAGGGACGGUAUUGGUCGUAUGGUACGGGAGUAUGAAAUCCAACACUCCAUCUCGGAAGGUGUUGCGAGAGUUCUUCGGGGCGAGGUAGCAACUGGUAUGGACACUUUACGUGCAGGCCAAAAGCGGGGUGUCAAGUUCGAAGUCACACCAUGUGACGGCGACGGUCACGAAAAGCAUCGCCAUGCAAAAGGGCAGAUUGACAUUGAGUCCAAAGGCAUUGAUCCGGCAACCGCAGCAAAAGCUACAGCUAAAGCUGAUAAGAAGCCCACAGCGGUGUCCUCAACAACCACCGCACCGAACCUCGAUCCCGCUCCUGCAGAAGUGCCUCAGGGCGAAGCACCACCCGGUCAUUGUGUAGGGUGCCACCGUCCCUUUAUGCUCCCCACCGCCGAAGAAGAGACCGUCACCAUCGAGGAUGGGCCUAUGCCCCUGUCUCGCGACACGCUUGUGGGCUUUGCAUGUGGCCACGUCUUCCAUCUUACUUGCCUAUUACCGAAGACAAGUGCCAGCGCCAGUGUCGCAGCUGGCCUACAACAGCAACUGGCCACUGAUGCUCAAGAAAGCGGCGGAAGGUGGACAAGAAGUGUAGGCGCAAAGGUAGCGCACGCACAUGUUAUUAAGAGUGCAGUUGGUCGGGGCUGUGUCGUUUGUCGGGAACGAGAGGUUGUUGGUGAAGAAUAA